AUGGAAAUCAUCGAUGGUCUACUAUUUAUGAAAAGACCUGAAAAUCCAAAGCAGAUAACUGAAAGAAAGAAAGUUGAUUUGGAGAAUGGCGAGCAUAAUUAUUCAAAGAACUUUGACAAGACGUUGACGAAAGAAGAAGAUGCAACGAGUUUUUCGUCAAAGUUACUUGAGCAUAAAUCUCAAUUAGAGUGUCGUCUACUCACUCGUGAAGAUCUGAUUAAUUUAGACGAAACUGAACCUCGUUGGAGAUAUAUUCGAAUAGGAUUAUUAAUUGGAUUUGGGAUUAUAUUUUUUGGUCUUUUAGCAGCAUGUAUUGUUUACAUAAUUGUUGGAGAAAAAUGUCCAUCUGUGCCCAAAUUACCAUUUUGGAAAUCAACAGUUGGUUACUGGUUAGAUGUGUUUGCAUUUAAAGAUACUUCUGGCGAUUUAGUCGGAGAUCUAAACGGACUCACAUCUGAAGUAGAUUACAUCAAAACUGUAGUCGGUGCAGGAUAUGUGAUAUUAGGUCCCAUUACUAAAGGAUUUUACACUAAUUCAUACAAUAUGCUCGGAUUAGUGGAAGAUUACGAGCAGUUAGAUGAGGCCGUCGGCACAAUGGAUGAUUUUCGUGUACUUUUAAAACAAUUUCAUAAAAAGGAUAUAAAAGUUAUCUUGACAUUCGAUUUCAAUGCGAUAUCCAUCAAUCAUAAAUGGAUCACAGAGAACAAAGUCAAACUGAAUUCGUUUGAAAAUUCUCUUAAUAAUAAAAUGUCACGAUACGGAAAAGCGAUCAAUGUAGAUAUCGGUGAUCAGAAGUUUUAUUCUGUAUUUGGAUCACCGAAUGUAGAUCUAGAUUUAACUUCUUCCGAAACUCAAAAAGCAAUAUUUGGUGUGAUCCAUUUUUGGAUGAAAGAAGGAAUAGAUGGAAUUCUCCUGGAUAAUGCUGCAUUUUUUGUUGAAGAAAAAGAAGAAGGAGCGCAAAGCAACCUCGGUUCAACAUGGUCGGAAAACUGUCCUAAUUCUCAAUUAUAUAGAAAUGGAAGUGUGAAAUUUGUUGAAAUUGUAAGAGAAGAAAUGAACAAGUGGAUUAAGGAAAGUGGGAAAGAAAAAUUAUUGGCUGUGAACUCUGGUGAUACAGGUUGUGGUGUGGGCGAUAAUCCAGAUCCAAUGUUAAUGUUCCGAGAUGUGGCUGAUUUAAUAAUUAGUCGUGAAUUGGUUUUCAAUAGGGGUAGAAGUGAAAUGCGAGAAUCAUUCGACAAAACAACCAUACAGAAAUAUUCUACAUAUUCAGACUCUGAUAAGGAGAAAUUAGGAUUGAUAGCAAGUACUUCAAAUAAUCCAACAGAUUCAGAUGUGAUUCAGCUGGCAUUAACAUUAUUAUUACCAGGACAACCAAUAAUUUAUUAUGGAACUGAGACGGGUAUCAAUACCAUGGAAUUAUCUGUUAUUCCGGAAAAGUUAUAUCCAAAAGGGAAACGUCACAAUAAUGAAGUGGGAUUUUGGUCUACACGAUCUCAUUUACCAAUGCCAUGGGAUUUCAAAGGGAGGAGAUUUUCAGCAACAAUAAAUGACUCUAGUUUUAGUGACUAUUUGGAUGGUUAUUCACAUAAGGAAACUGUUGAAAUUCAGCUUGCUGAGGGAAAUAAUCUAUCAAAAUUUAAUCUCGUUAAGAAAUUGGUGACUUUACGUCAGCAUCAUAGUUUGAAAUGGGGAACAAUGGAGCGGAUAAGUUUUGGCGAAGAAUCGUCGGAUCAAGUAGAAGCAUUUGCACGGAAGGCAAAAGGAUUUUCAACAUUCAUUGUGGUAAUAUUGAAGCAGUUAAUGGAGGAUUAUCUUUUGGAUCUCACUUCUAUUUGUUCAUCAGUUACAUCGAAAAUGAUUUAUCCUUCACAUCCACAUUUACAAGUUGACAUUCCAUUAACAACUUCAAAGAUAUACAUUCCAAAAAUGGAUAAUUCAAACUACAUCUUAGUAUUCCAUUGUAAUUGAUUAGAUCUUCAUUGUAUUUGAAAUCCUCUAAUCAACAUUUCAGAUUGAUUCAACUCUACCGUGAAAUAACCAUUUGUAGUUUCAUUAGCUACUCUUUUUGCUGUGACUUUCUACGUUCAUUUUGUUGGUGUAUUGAAUUUGACGUAAAAUUAUCUUUGGUGUGUAACCGUUUUCAUUUUAUUGUAAAUCUCUGAUUUUCAUGGAGAUUAUGAAUUUGUCUGUCAACAUACUUCGAAACAGAGAGG